AUGGGCCCAGGCUCCGUCGUUGUUCGGGGAUGCCCCGAGUGCAGCAAACGGGAGAGUUCCCGGCUCGCAGAGGCCCCACUCCGAGGGAGGUGGCUGGCCCAGGAGAGCUGCAAGGGGCUCCUUUUGGAGCGCUGGAAUGCGCACAAGGGCCCGAAGGAGCGGUACCGAGUGGGUUCGUUGCUGGGGCGUGGCGGAUUCGGCAGCGUCUUCGCAGCCACGAAGCUCUCGGACGGUGCCCCGCCUGACGGUACACGUGCGCCCCUGGAGAUUGUGCUGAUGGACAGGGUGUCCUCUGGGUGUGCUGCAGUGAUUCAGCUCCUCGAGUGGCUUGAGCUGCCCGACAGCUUCUUGUUGGUGCUGGAGCGUCCGCAGCGGUGCCAGGACCUCUCGCAUUUGCUGGCAGAGCGGAGGUUCCUGCCGGAGGAGGAGGCGCGGGGGCUGUUUUGCCAGGUGCUGGAGGCCGUGCAGCAUUGCACCAGCUGCAGGGUCCUGCACAGGGACAUCAAGCCCGAAAACAUCCUGCUGGACCUGGCCACAGGGCAGCUGAAACUGAUUGACUUUGGCUGUGGCACCUUCCUCCAAGACACAGCCUACACCCGAUUUGCAGGAACCCUGUCCUACAGCCCACCAGAGUGGUUCUACCAGCGGUGCUACCACGGCCAGGCAGCAACCAUCUGGUCCCUGGGGCUCCUGCUGUACCAGCUGGUGACAGGGAAGCACCCAUUCAGGAAGGGCCAGCAGAUCGUCUGGGGGCAGAUCAUCUUCCCACGACGGCUCUCCCAAGGUGGAUCCUCAUCUCUGCGCACGGGGGGAACACCAGUGUUGGGAGACAGCAGUGGGCUCAUGAGCAUCCCCCUCUGGCAACUGCUGAGGAGGUGGCACAUGUCCUGCUCUCCUGCAAACAGGGAAUCCAUGGGGAAGUUUAGGCCCAGCUCUGGGCACACCCAGGAUGGCCUGGGCACAGGAACGGGGGUCAACUUCUCCAAGUGA